AUGGUAGUAGGUAAAAGCAAACAAAAACGUCGUCGUUGUAUCGACCCAUUCUAUUUCAAAACUACAUUCCUUGUCAAAUCUCCCUAUUUCGAAUAUUCCAAGACGAAACAUGAUGAAUAUGCAUCAAUUUCAACACCUAAAUUACCAAACUCAACUCUGGAUUUUCCUCUAAUAUUCACACCAGUCACCAGAGCAAUAGGUAAAACUGCCUCAAAAUUACCAACUCAUGAAAAGGUUUUGAAUCGUUCGAUUGAAACUUUUGCCCCAGAUAUCAUGUCAGUCAAGUCUGAUCUUGAUUACAAUGUAAUUAAUUUGAAAAUUUACACAAUUUCGGAAAGAGGACAUGCUGAAGCUGAUUUUAAUGGGUUUCGAUUGACCAAAGAAAAAUUAGCUUCAAUUCCACACAAAUUUCACACACUCAUUACACUCAAUCAAGUUUAUAAGAGUUUAGAUGGAUAUCAAGUGAGAAUUUUCAUGAGUGCAACAACAAGAGCACGAACUCUUCAAUUGAAAAAGACAUCCUAUGCCAACAAGUCACAAAUCAAAAAGAUUCGAACUGUCAUGCACCAAACAGUGGAAAAACACAUUAAAAAGAUGAAGAUUCACGACUUUGUGGAAAGAAUGGCUGUAAAAGGUGGAAUGAGUAAGGAAAUUUGUCAACAGUGUGAAAAUAUUUAUCCAGUAAAUGAGGAAAUUCUCAUUACAAAGAUUAAGGUAGUUGAAAGACCACCAAGGGAAGAAAAAUAG